AUGACGUCUGUUUGCGGGCAUGUAAUGAGCUUAGACUUUAUAGGAAAAUACAAUAACUGGGACAAAGUGGAUCCCAUUGAGUUGUUCAGCUGCCAAACUGAGAAAAAGGAGGCAAUGCCUCGAUUGCGAAUACCCGCGUUUCUUGCUCAGGAAGCAAGAGGAUGUGAUUAUUUGAUCCUGUGGCUGGAUUGUGAUAAAGAAGGAGAAAAUAUUUGUUUUGAGGUAAUGACAUGUGUUGGACCCUACAUGAAGGCAGAUGUAUAUUCACCUUUAGUGACCUUUAGGGCUCGCUUUUCUGCUAUCACAGAGAAAGAUAUUAAAGCGGCUAUGCUGAAUUUAGUACGGCCCAAUGAGAAUGAAUCUCGCAGUGUUGAUGCCAGGCAAGAACUGGAUCUGCGAAUUGGAUGUGCUUUUACUAGAUUUCAGACUAAAUAUUUUCAAGGAAGGUAUGGUGACUUAGAUUCGUCUCUAAUAUCAUAUGGGCCAUGUCAAACACCGACGUUGGGCUUUUGUGUCCAACGUCACGAUGAUAUCCAGACCUUCAAACCGGAGACUUACUGGGUGCUGAGAGUCACGGCGUCAACUAGCGAGGGGCGGGAGCUGCCUCUGGAGUGGAAGAGGGUUAGAGUGUUCGAGAAAGACAUUGCUAAUAUGUUCCUUGCUGGUAUCAAGGAAAUAAAAGAGGCUGUAAUUGCACUAAAUCAUAGAAAUACCCUUAUACCGUCACCAAUAAAGAAAACUACAACUUCUAGAGUAAUGAAUAGAAUUUUAACCGAUGUGAAUGAUAUAGCAGAAGAAACAGAACAGACUAACGGUGAUUUAGUGAUAGCUAAACCAAAUAAGAUAAAAAUCCUCAGUGAUAUACUGAUAACACCUGGAGCUCCGCCAAAAGAAACUAAUAAAGAAAAUGUACCUAAUUCUGAAAGAAAUUGCUAA